GCCGGGCGCCGCGGGCGCACGGCGGGGCUCAGCGCCGCGCCGGCACCCUCUGCCCCGCCGGCUGCGGCAGCGCCCCGUGAUACCCAAGGCUGCCUCUUCCCCCCUCCUCCUUUUUUUUUUUUUCCCUUCUUUUUUUUUUUUUCUCUGCACUUUUUCUGUUUUCCAGCUGCUUCGCCAGCGCGCUAAGAGCAGCCUCCCUUCCAUUUACUUCUGCCGCGGGUUUGUUUAUCUUGUUUGCGGGGUUUCUCCCCGUUAUUUUUGCUCUCCGGCUCACUCCACUCCUGAAUUUUACCUAUUCGUAGCAACUUGCUGCUCUCUAUUUUUUUCCCCCUUUUAAAUUAAUAUUAUUAUUGUUUGCCUUUUCUUUUUUCCACCGACACCUCCCGUGCGUUUUCCGAUUGCAAGUCGUCCUUACAGUCCGUUUUUUAAGAGCGUUUUGUCUGCAGGUCUUCCCUUUGUUUGUACACAUCUCUUUUUUUGGUUUUUUUGUUGGUUUGUUUUUUUUUUUUUUACUAUUUCCCCCCGUUGUUGUUCGUUGCUAAAGUCACUCUUUUUUUGGGGGGGCGCUGUAUUUAAACACUUAAAAUGCACUGCUAUCUGCUGAGCGUGUUCCUCACCGUGGAUCUGGCCACCGUGGCUUUCAGCCUGUCUACCUGCAGCACCCUCGACAUGGAUCAGUUUAUGCGCAAGAGGAUCGAGGCGAUCCGGGGGCAGAUCUUGAGCAAGUUGAAGCUCACCAGUCCCCCGGACGAGUACCCUGAGCCCGAGGAGGUGCCUCCGGAGGUCAUCUCCAUCUACAACAGCACCAGGGACCUGCUGCAAGAGAAAGCCAACCACAGAGCUGCCACUUGUGAAAGGGAGAGGAGCGACGAGGAGUAUUAUGCCAAAGAAGUUUACAAAAUAGACAUGCAGCCUUUUUACCCCGAAAAUGCCAUCCCACCAAGCUAUUACAGCCUUUACUUCAGGAUUGUCAGAUUUGAUGUCUCAGCGAUGGAGAAGAACGCUUCCAACUUGGUGAAGGCUGAGUUCAGGGUCUUCCGCUUGCAGAACACAAAGGCACGUGUCUCGGAGCAGCGGAUAGAGCUGUACCAGGUUCUAAAAUCUAAAGAAUUAUCAUCACCAGGACAGCGCUACAUUGACAGCAAAGUAGUUAAAACAAGAGCUGAAGGAGAAUGGUUGUCUUUUGAUGUCACUGAGGCUGUACAUGAGUGGCUCCAUCACAGAGACAGGAAUCUUGGAUUUAAGAUAAGCUUACAUUGUCCAUGCUGCACCUUCGUGCCUUCCAAUAAUUAUAUCAUCCCAAAUAAAAGUGAGGAGCUUGAAGCAAGAUUUGCAGGUAUUGAUGACUACACAUAUUCCAGUGGUGAUGUGAAAGCUUUAAAGUCCAAUAGGAAAAAAUACAGUGGGAAGACCCCACAUCUUCUGCUAAUGUUAUUACCCUCCUACAGACUUGAGUCGCAACAGCCCAGUCGGCGGAAGAAGCGUGCUCUAGAUGCUGCCUAUUGUUUUAGGAACGUGCAAGAUAAUUGCUGUUUGCGUCCACUUUAUAUUGACUUCAAGAGAGAUCUUGGCUGGAAAUGGAUUCAUGAACCUAAAGGGUAUCAUGCUAAUUUCUGUGCAGGAGCCUGCCCUUAUUUAUGGAGCUCAGAUACUCAGCACAGCAGAGUGCUCAGCUUGUAUAACACCAUAAAUCCAGAAGCUUCUGCUUCUCCAUGCUGUGUGUCGCAGGAUUUGGAACCUCUCACCAUCCUCUACUACAUUGGCAAAACACCCAAAAUUGAACAGCUGUCCAACAUGAUCGUCAAGUCUUGCAAGUGCAGCUAAAGGAUAUCCCCUCGAGUGGAACGACGUGUGUGCAUUAAAAAAGAUAACCAAGGAAAACAAGGAGGGAGUGGGAAGGAGAGAAAAACGAAAACCCAGGUUCAUCAGUGUUAAAGAAAAGAAGAAUAAAAAACCAAACAAACAAACGAAGAAGAAGAAGAAGAAGAAGAAAAUCAGUAAUAGUCUGAACUGUUUGGAAGUUUGGUUUGUUAUUAUUCUUUUUUAAACUGGCAUCUGAAGCAAACCAUUGAAGGCCUUUAUACUACAUUUCACCUACACAUAGUGUGAGAUAGACAAGAAGCAAAGUUAAAGGAAACAAACAAACAGACAAAGAAACAAAACCUUUUAAAAAACAAAACACUGGAAGAAAUUUGUUUAGUGUUACUAUGUGAAAAGGAAAAAAACAGGAAAAUCCCAGGAAGUGGAGUUGCUGUAUCUGUCCCGUGCCUUACUUGAUCUCUCUGUAUUGUUACGCAAUAGGCAUCCUACCCAUUCCUCUUAGCUGUAGAGUUAACGGUGCGUUAUUUAUUUGUGUGUAAAAACUAUUCCAAUGAACAUUUCCCUAUCAGCAUUGGAAAAAAGAGAACCAGCCCAUGUGGACAAAGUGGAGACCAAAUAAGCUGCCCAGAAAUACCUAUAAAGCCUAAAGGAACACAAGCUCAAACGAACCAGAAAACUAACGGUUAGUUUAGUUCGAUUAAAAUAGAAAUCAGUUAUUACGUUGCUGAGAAACUCUGUCUUUAAAAUACCUUAUUUUUUCAUGCCAGCUGCCUAGAGAGGCUUCUUGUAAGGUCUCAAACACUUGUUUUAAGUACUGAAUAAUUUACUAAUAAAGGACACUCUGUUUCAGUCUCAAAGACAAGUCUAUAAGAUUUUCUUUUUUUUUUUUUUUACUGUAAAUGAUUUAAGUUCCAGUUUAGUAAACCAGUGAAAUAUUUAACGUGUACUGGUCUCAUCUUCAGACCUUAAUAUGUUGCUGUAUAGCUAUGCUAUGGGAUUUUGGUGUUCUUUCGGUAUAUGUAACCAUACCUAGAGUAUUACAAUAAGUGGGUAGUAAAAGCCAGCUUCAUUGGAAACAUAUCUGUAGAUCUCUAUUUGUAAACUAUUAAAAAAUUAAUUACUUUAUGUGUAAUGUGUAAAUUUUCACCGUAUUUUUGUACUCUGUAAUACUUUCGACUCUCAUGAGUUUGAAUUUGAAUUUGGGGCUCUUUUUGAUCACUCAGAAUCAUGUGUUUCCCCUCUAGCUGGCCAGUAAUGAGUAGAGUCCCUGUAUUUUGACUUGCACUACAAAUACAUGUUUUAUAAUAAUUGCUAUACAUGUGCUUUUUAUAUUGUUCAUCAUUAUGACAUAAGCUACCUGACUCCAUUUGUUUUCUGUUUUAUAAAAAGGAUGGAUUAAAGCAAUCUCUCUUCCCCCCCCCCCACCUCUGCCCCUCCCUCCGUGGUUGUCCCUGUUUGUAACACUUAAAUCAUGAUGUGGUUCAUAUUCCUUGAGCUUUUAAUAAUCAUUUGGUUAUAGACAUUCAAACAUACAUGCAGGGAGCGAGGUGUUGCAAGAGGAGAUGUCCCAGCUGGGGCAACGCAGACCCUGGCAGAGAAUGGCAUUCACCACUGUGCAGAAGGCUGGUGAGAAGGACCUGCCUCAACAGUGCCCGGAAUGAGGCAUGAGCAGGACUGGUUUGUGGUCGGGGGCCAUGUGUCAGCCUCGAGUGUAGCGAGGACUUUCCCCCAUGCUUACUCUGUAGAACUGCUCCUGUUGCAGGACGCAGAGGUUUGCCUUCAACUUCUGCAGUGGCACGGCAGGCUGUUGGGGUGUGUGUAAGUAUCUGCAGAAUCAAACUUCUGAGUUUUGCAAGUUUACCUUUUUUGGUUUUUUUGUUUUUUUUUUUAAUGGAGUUCACAAUAUAACUUCUUUAAAAAUAAAAUAACAAGAGAGGAAAAAGGAACAUGGAGUUCCUAGAACAAUGUGGUUGUUACACCUACACCUUGAAGUAUUGGAGAGGGAGGGGAAAAAAAACCAAAUACAAAUUCCAUGUCACUGCAUUGAAAAGAAAAGAUCCCCAAUCAAAAUUAGCAAAAAGAAAUCCUUCAGUUCAUAGAAUCAUAGAAUCAACCAGGUUGGAAGAGACCUCCAAGAUCAUCCAGUCCAACCUAGCGCCCAGCCCUAUCCAGUCAUUUCACAAUGCCUGAUUUCACACAGCAAAGCUGGAAAACUGCAUUAGAAACAUGCUACUUGGAUGAGAAGGCCACUUUCUGUCAUUGACCCAAGCCUUGUCAGGAGGACGCUCCUGAGCUUGACGUUGUCAGAUCCAGUUUUGAGAUGUGGAAUUGCUUUGGCUUCAGCAGAACACUGAUGCAAAACUGAAGUGCCGCGGUGGGUUGUACAUGCAGCUCCCCCGGACUUCGGUAGAACCUGUGCUUGUUGCCUAGAUGGAAACAGAGCCCCACAGAUGAUCUAAUCUCACCCAUUGACUCAGUGCAGAGGAGGAGGUAUGUUAGCCUUUUGAUUUAUUUAGUGAGUGGAGAUGAACAAGUGAAAAAUCUGUCCUGCUAACACUUGCUUGAGCCAGACUUACUCCAGUGAGAAGAUGCACUGAACUCAGUGAAACUCCUCAGGGUAGGAAAUACUCUGGAUUUUGCUGUAUACAGCAGCAAAAUUAGUUUUAUCAGGUUCAGUAUGAGAACUGUAUUUUUGUUGGCCAGGAAAGGAGACAAGGAUGAACGUAUUUUACAACACUAAAACUUUUCUGCAAUUCUCUGCUUUGGGAAUGCAGCUCAGAACCGGUCUUGAAGCUUUGAUAAAGAGGAAGAGGAGAUAGCACAGUUCUCCAACUAGACUUUACGUGCUGGACACAGCUAAAAAUGUCAGUUUGGGUUUGGAGUUUUUCCCUAAAUUGAAGUGUAAAACCUUACUUCUGUGAGUUGUUACCCCAAGACUCAAAACUAAUUGUUUUUAACUUCUUUUUUUUUUCCCACAAAAUGCACUGAUCAUGUUUAAAAUACUCUUAUUGGUUUUGUUUGUUUUUUUAUUAGGCAUGUAUAUUUCCCUGUAAUUACCAAGGAUGUUAGGCCUGAGCCUACCAUGUGCAGAACUCAUGAGUGGAAUUCCCCUCUACGGAGUAGGGUAAUGUGAGUCCUAAGCACCACUCGGGUCUGAUGUAAAGCCCUCCUGAAUGAUGUUUAGAUGGAUCUGUAACAGCUCAAGGACUUUGUGCCAGAGGCCUUACGGUGACAAGGAAACUGCCACUGAGCAAAAUCCUUGAGAACUGGUGAGAAAUGUUCGACACAUUGAAAGAUCAGACCCAAGGAGUUGGCUGGAGCUGAGGGGGAAUCUUAGCUGGGUUGAGUAGGACAGUGGUUUUAAUGUGUUUAGCAUCGAUACAAUUGUAUGGUUUGGCUGGUUUAAAGGAGACAAGCAGAAAAGGACCUUAAAGGACAGCUGUGUUGUACUUUAGUGAUGGAUUACUUUGUAUUUUAACACAUUGUAUGUCUGUUUUUGUGGUGCUCUAGUGGUAAAUAAAUUAUUUCAAUGAUA